CUGGACAAAUGCAUCUCUAUAUCGCUCCAAGACAAACCUAAACAGUGAGCUAACAGAACAUAAUUUACGAGCAUGAAAAUGGCGAAACGCUUCAAGCUUAAGCUAUCCCGAGUCUUCACUUCGUUCCAAUCUUACAGUUCAAAAUACCCUUCUAAUCUCCCAUUAAAUCCUGUCCCUUCAUUCUUCAGACUUCCUUCAGUUAAACGAAACCUUAUCACCCGCCACAUACUACCACAACCGACGUCGUCAAAGCUGCCUCAUUACUCUUCCCUAAAACGACACGUUUCCUGCGCGUUUUCGUCCUUCGGCUGCUGCCUCGGGUCAAGAUCGUCCUCAAAGUACUUGUCUGAAACUGACCGCAGUGGAUCACCGCCGGCGUCGACAUUGGAGUUCCACUGGGAAAAAGAAGACAGUUGGCACGUUAUUGCUAAAGUUUACGGCGAUGAUGAAACCCCUCGUCGCAAAAUCUACAAUAGCUCUGAAAAAGACGACGGUUUAUUUCCACCUCCACCGCCUCCGAACACGGUGAAGAAAAAACGACGAUACAGAAAGAAGAAAACGACGCCGAAAAUCCGGAUAAGCACCUCGUCGGCCGACAGCGGAUUGUUUAGCAGCGAAAGCUUUGAAGACGAUGAUAUUAAUAACGAAGAAACGGAAACCCUAGUCUCUUCUUCGAGGAGCUUCUCCUUUGAUUCCUUCUCAGAGAUGUUCAAUGCCAACUUACAAGCCAUACUCGAAACAAAGCCUACGAGGCAAAACAAGAAGAAAUCCAAGACGGUAAAGAAGGCAAAAAGGUACGCUUCGGAGAGCGAUUCGCCGGCGAGGUUGUCGAGCUUUCUGCAACGGAUGAUACCGUGCACGGUGGACAGUAAAGUGAGGGAGAGUUUCGCCGUGGUGAAGAAAUCGGAGGAUCCGUACGAGGAUUUUAAGAGGUCGAUGGUGGAUAUGAUAUUAGAGAAGCAAAUGUUUGAAGAAAAAGAUUUAGAACAGCUACUGCAUUGUUUCUUGUCUUUGAAUUCUAGGCAUCAUCAUGGGGUCAUUGUUCAGGCCUUUUCUGAGAUUUGGGAGGCUUUGUUUUCUCGAAGAUCAACUGAUUUUCGAGUUUCUUGUGCUUUUGAUUAA